AUGGAAAUCAGUCUGCACAAUCCUGAUUUCUCUACAUGUUAGUAGAGGACAAGUCAAGUAAGCAGAUGCUUUUUGAGGUGUGUGCAAGCAGUAAAAAAAUCUCAUUUGGAGCUGCUGAAAAAGCACCAGCUUUCAGACGUGUAAUAGCAGGAAAAGCAGAGUUACUACAGACCAGGAUUCACCAUCACAGGUCUAAAAAUCACAGAGUAUCUUAUUACACAAGUGAAGAUUGUGAUUUUGUCUUCUCAGCUACCCAUCCAUGAUGAAGCUAAAUCUACUUCUUCUCCUGUGCCUCAAUGGUCUGGUCCCAGUUGCCUGGUCCAUCCCUAGAACUGUCCCUCACCAUUAUAAUCUUAUCAUGACAUCGUUCACAUGGUCUGAUGCACAGAAUUACUGCAGAGCAAAGUACACUGACUUAGCAGCGAUCCAAAGUGAUACUGAUUGGCUAAGACUGAAGAAAGAACCAGGUCUUGUCAAAUAUACGUCCUGGGUCGGAUUGUACAAUGAUAUUAAUGGCUGGCGCUGGUCCUUGAACAACCUCCCAUUGAAGAGUGUUACUUAUACCAACUGGUACCCUGGAGAGCCUAAUAAUUAUAAAGGAAUAGAAUCAUGUGUUGCUAUGAGUUCAUAUAGUAAUUGGUGGGACGUGCCAUGCUCACAACUAAGACCUGUCAUUUGCUACAAUGCUAAAUUCAAUGGAACUGCCAGGUUUGUAGGUAUUAGUAGUCCUUGGAUGACCUGGCCUCAAGCUCAGGCUUACUGUCGAACAUAUCACACAGACUUGCCCAGUUCCCUUAACAGCUCAGAUAAUGACAUAAUAAUGCAGGUGAGAAAUACUGUAGGUGAUGCCUGGAUUGGACUCUAUAGAGACACAUGGAAGUGGGUAGAUGGGACCAUUGCUUCAAACCUUAAAUGGAUUCCAGGAGAACCUAAUAAUUAUGGUGGAAAUGAGAACUGUGGAGUUGUUAAUAGCGGACUGUUUGGUGAUGUACCCUGCAGCAACAUAUUCUUUUUCUUCUGUGACACCAAUUUCCCAACGAGGAGUCAGACAGUGAGACUGCAGGUGAUGUCUGAUGGAAGUGUGUUUGAUCCUGCUGUGCAGUCGUCCAUUUUAGAGCAGAUGAAGCAGAAACUGGAGGAAAAUGGCAUGUUGGAGAACACCACACUGGCCUGGAAGGUGCAGCCAAAUGGCAACAUCUUCAACAAGAAAAAGAAAGCUCACCUGUAAUGUCUAAAUUCUCACCUUUAAGUCAAGUAGAAUAAAACUGAACUUGUAGCAUUAAUCAGUAGGACGAGAUUAGCCAAAAGUAGUGAAAUAUAUACAUAAUUUCUUUCCUCUUUUUCAUUUGUUUUCAAUCAAAUAUUUCAUAUGUAACCUGUUUUUUGGUGCAAGUGUCUACUGAACAUAGUGCUGGACAAAGUCAUAAAAUCAGUCUGUUGAAAUACUGGGUUUAAUCUCAUUGUGUUGUAGCAAAUAAUCAUUUUACAUAGAAAAAAGAGAAUGUAACCGACUCUGUAAAUACAAUGUGUUUUAAAUGGCAAUAAAUAAUGGCCUUCUCAUUUUAAUCAUACUGUUAAAAAUAUACACUAAUUUCUUUAUUAUUUACAUUUUCUGUACCUAUUGAAACUAAGAAUGUACUGUACAAUAAUAUCAGCAAUAAACUUGA